GCCAAGCUGGUGUUUGACAUUAACUCACCGCCUGUCAGAGAGCAUGGGAGCAAUUAUAUUUCUCCUGAUUCUGGCGUUUCUCAAGGACUAUGGUCAUGGAGCGCCACAGAAAGGUACUACUGUGUGUGUUUUUCUGGGUUUAUUGACUACUGGUGCCACACAACAAUGCUUGGACAUAGACGAGUGUGUUAAGUUCCCAGAUAUAUGUGGGAAAUCGGGAACCUGUCGUAAUCAGGGUUGUAGCUACCUGUGCCAUUGUCCCAAUGGAUUUAGGAACUCUGGCGACAGACAAACUCCGUGUGUAGAGAAAGACAAGUGUGUUGAGAUCCCAAAUAUUUGUGGGAAAUGGGGAACCUGUCUUAAUCAGGAGGGUAGCUACCUGUGCCAGUGUCCCAAUGGAUUUAGGAACUCUGGCGACGGACAAACUCCGUGUGUAGACAUUGACGAGUGUAAUACAGACGGAGUAUGUGGAAAGGGGGGCAUCUGUCAAAACAUGAAUGGCAGUUACUGGUGCCAGUGUCCUGCUGGAUUUACUAACUUUGGCAAAAACCAAACGAAGUGUGUAGAGCUUAAUUGUGACCAGUACGAAACACAGCCUGGACAGACUCUACCAGGCUUUGAUAGUUUCUUGUCUCUGUUGAGAAACAACUGUUUGGUGUUGAACAACUCUACGUUGUCUGGACCUACAAGACCGCUGACAACUGGAGAUGGGCUUUUGACAUUACUGGUUAAUACCACGGAUGUUCUUCAACUGGACCUCCAGUCCAAUGGUCACCGUAGUAGCAGUGAAGUGACUAAGUUACUGAGAACCAUUGAAAUCUCGAUCAGACUGAUCGCUCCACUGCUGACAGAGAACGUGACCAGGAUAGAGACCAACCACACAGAGGUUGAGAUCAUGGUGAGGAGAGACAAGACUUCACCUAAAGGACCAGUCAGCCUGACCAAUGAGAACACUCAACUUGACACCACCUGGGAGACGGUGGUCGGAGAUGACCAGAAUUACCCAGGGUUUGCGUUUGUUGUUCUGCUCAGCUAUAAGAAUCUGGAUAGUCUGAAGGACAACACUUCUCAUCAGAGCCAGCAGCUCAUGUCAAGUGCUGCGACGGUGUCCGUUAGCAACUCCAACACAGCAAACCUGCCCCAACCGGUUAAUCUCACGUUCAAUCACCUGCAGUCCAGUGAUGUUGACCCCACCUGUGUUUAUUGGUCGGAUGAGAAUGGACCGGGGGUGUGGUCUGGGCGGGGUUGCACCUCAGUGAUGUCAAACUCCAACCAAACAGUGUGCUCCUGCAACCAUCUCAGCACAUUCGCAAUGCUGAAGGGAAUCCAUCAGAGAAAGGGAAGCGGGCAGCUGUCGUUGGUGAUGUGGGUGGGUGUUUUUGUGGCACUGACCUGUGUGGUCCUGUCCCUGAUCACAACCCUGUGGUGUCGCCAUGCCAGCCGCAAACGUCGUGGAGGACACCGGCGGCAACAGGAUGUACAGCUACAUAGAAAAUAAGACAUAGAUUUGAAAUAUUUUAUAAUAGUUCUGGAGUGUAACAGAAGAGGUCUGAUCUCUAUGGCAACAUAGUUAAGUCAUUUUAAUCUCAUAAACGCGGUCUGUAAUUAGUAGAGAUGAGAAUAGUGGUAUAUCCACUCAACGCUGCAUUUGUCCAGUAUUAUGCCACUUGGUUGUUGUUGUAACUGAGUUAUUUUAAGUGAAAGUAAUAUUUUUCCUGUUUAUUUUACAGUGCUUGAGAAGGUAUUUAAAUUAAAAUAUCUCGCUAUUAUUUCCUCCAUUCUAACUAUAAAUAUCUAAGUAUGAGUUGUCCGUUUUUUCAGAAUUAAAGCACGACAUCAUACUGAAA